ACUAGUGGCUGUUGCACUAGACAUCAAUGUCCGGGGAGCAGACACGCCACCAUGGCCCAGUUCGAGGAGGUUCUGGACGGAGUGCGGCUGGUUCUGACCUGGGCCUCUCCUCCUGAGAUCCAAGCUCUGCUGGAGGGUUUGGUGGAGGAGCGGAUCAUCUCAGAGGCUUACAGCAAGUGCUUGAGUCUCCACCGAGUCACUGCGGGGGUCACACCUGAGCCAGCUCACAGCAAAACGCCAUGUAAAACAGGAUCUGAUCUGAUGAAUUCUCUAGGAUCACCCACCCACGAUCACCUCAUCCAAGGUCAAUUCAGCCAGGUCUGCAGACAAUCUGCCACCACCAAUCACAACCAGAUCGGAUCGGAGUCUGAUGAACAUAACAGCGCAAGGUCCUGGCCAAAUCCACCAGUGAUGGACGGGCACUACCUCAGUAAAGGAGUCUUUUCUACACAGAUAGUAUACGACUACAACUGCAGUUUCAGAUCAGAUGACGAAAUUACAGAACUGCUGAGAAGUGCAGAAUUGAUGCAGAAGCCAGAAUGUGAUAAUGAAAGAAUAAAUGAGGGGAAUUCUGAAAUUGAGAAGGAGUGGUUAGAGCAGGUAGAGGAGGCAGCUAGGAAGAUAGCUGUGCCUCUGUGGCAGCACUGGGACAGAGCGGGGAGGAUGUUGCUGUCGCUGAUUCCUUCUUUGACUACUUGCUGUGCAACAAGUGAAAUUACAGUAACAGACAGUGAAGCACUAUGCCCUGUUCUGAAUAUGGAAGAGGAAACUGAGCUUGCAAUUGUCUGCAGGACUCUAGAUUUGUACGCUGACAACUUUAACUCUACAGAGGCAAAGAUUAAAGACCCAGACUUUACACAGGACAGUGAAGGAGCAACUGACACACCAAAGGGACCGUAUUCCUCUACAUACGAGAUUGGAUUGGACACUGAUCAUUUUGACAUCUCUGGAGCAGCAAGAAAUGCCUCACCUGUUGAAGUCUGUGUGGCAACAGACACAAACAACAACAUCACAGACAGGCUGGAGGCUGGUGUCGACGUCUGCGGGUUAGUUAACAGGACAAAAGACAAAACAGAGGACCUGCUCUGUCUGACAGGAGAUUCACAGUGUGGCUUUCCAGGAUUUAUAGAAGACUUUGCACAUUUAUUUGCUUCCUAUACACCAAAAGAUACUCACACUGAGGCACAAGAUAACUCAUUUUACUCAAGUAUAGAUUACAACAUGACAUUAAGCGUUCUAGACAAUGUGGAAAAUGUUUUCAGUGCUGCUAAUAGCACAAAAACGUGCAGCACUGUUGACAUAAGAGACUUCUAUGAGAAUAAAGAGGACGAGGGGAGGGUGGAGUCCCACUGGGGAUCCAAAAUGCAGGAAGUGGAUCAGGACCCGUAUAUCUGUUCUGACAUGGGCAGUAUACCAGAUGCCAGGAUGCAGGAAGUGGCUCUGGAUCCGUAUGUCACUCUUGAUUUGGGAGAUUUGCCAGAUGAUUUAUCUGAAUACUUGAAUUAUAAUGAAGAUAACCUGGGGAAGAUAAUGGACACAGAUCUGUUCUUUGGCGAUUCGUUGUUGAACUGUAUGGAUGAACUCACCAACUUCAGUGACGUACCCAUGCCAAAAGAGCUGCCCAGCCCAGACAGCCACGAACAGAGGCAGACGGACACACUAACAGACAAAAGAAAUAACAGGAGAAAAAGACCCAGAGUUCCCCGGUCGCAACGGUGCUCUGAUGAGAACACACCAUCUAGACCAAAAAGGCAAAGAGCUGCAGGUCGACCAGAAAUCAAAAAGGCACAGGUUAAGCCAACUGUCAACCAAGGCACUGACACAGGAUCACAGCCAGCAGAGAUGGCAGGCCUCUCCACCACUCCACCAAGAAUCCUUCAUCUCCCUCCCUCCAUUCAGUUUAUCACCAUCCCAGACAAUUCAGCAUACCAGGUUGUUCAGACACUGGGGUUCUCUUCUCCGGUUAUUAGUUUUCCCAACACAGCUGCUCCUACUUACAUAUUUGUUCCUGCUGCCUCACCACCUUACAAACGCCAAGUGCCACCCCUCUCCCCAGUGGAUAGUGCAGUAGCACCAGUCAGAAUGAGUUCAUCCCCACCAGGAUCUUUGUCAGACACUGCUAGCAAAGCCAUGUCUCCCACUUGUGUCUCACCCCUCUCCCCCAACCAUGAGCUGUCCACAUGUAAGGAAUCACCUGUUCCUCAGUCUCCCACUGUUCUUGAUAUCCCACAGGUUGUAAAGGACUACAUUCAGGAAUCCAAAGCCCACAUGAGUCAAACCUGCCAGGAUAUGGAAGCAGGCCUUACCCUAACCUCUCAUUACGUGGAUGUACAAGUUAGCCAGAGAGAGAUCUUUCGCUCUGGAAAAAACACAAACAGGACGUUGGAUAAGGAGCUAGUCAUCAUGGGACAUACAGAUCGGCAAAAAAGCUUGUUGGGGCAGAGUCAGAUCUUCAAAGACUCCAGUGGAGACAAACCCAAACGCUACAUAUUGCUACUUGGCAAUGCUGGCAUGGGAAAAACCACACUGAUCAGGAAGCUGUGUCUUGACUGGUCAAAGGACUGCAUCCCACAGUUUGACUUUGUCUUCCUAUUAGACGGCAAAGCACUGACUUUAACAGAGCCGACCUUUAGCCUUCAGACACUCCUAUUAAACCUCUCCUCCUUUUCCCCUCCCUGCAUGGACCCAGAGGCAGUGUACGCUCAAAUCCUUGCUGCUCCUAAGCGUGUGCUCAUCAUUUUUGAUGGGUUUGACGAGUUGCGCGACUAUGAAACGCUACUCCAGGCUCAAGAAAAAGACGUGAUAACGUCAUUGCAGAGAGACAGUAAAGCACAGACAUAUACAGUUAGACAGUUAUACUCUGCCAUCCUUCAGAGAGUUCUCCUUCCAGGUUGCACUCUUCUGCUCUCUACCCGACCAAGAGGCACAGCCAGCCAGCUACUAAGGCGGACAGACAGCUUUUUGGAGAUGUGUGGCUUCACCCCAACAGACAUAGAGACAUAUUUGUCCCAGUACUUUACUGAUCCCGACCUCAGAGCAUCUGCUUUGGACAGCUUAAAAAACAGCAACUACAUACAUCUCCUCUGCUGGAACCCUGGACUAUGUCGGUUGGUUUGCUUGGUCUUAGAGCAGUCCAAAAGUUUGGGGGUCCUUCCAAGAACUUUAACUGAGCUCUGCCAUCAAGUGGUUCAUCUGAAAAUGGAAGAGGACAGUAAGACCACACACUCACAGGCUGAACCUGAAACACAAAUAUCUGUGGAAUCUGUAGAAGAAACUCAGACACAAAUCUCAAGUUGUUCUCAAGGGAAGAGGUGUCACCAAAAUGCUCGGACAAAGUCCAGAGCGCGAGUUCACACUCGCACUCAAAGAGGAAGGAGGACAAAAAAGAAGGAGAAAGAGGAAGAUGAAGUGGACGGAGAUGAGAUGCAUGUGAGUGGAGGGGAAGUAGAUAGAACAGAGGCGAGAGAGUUGCUGUCCCAGCUGAGUACUUUGGCCUGGGAGGGGGUCAAAGCAAACUCCUCCAUCGUUCCCACUGGACGGACCAUAUCUCCCAAGCUCAAGGCAUUCGGCCACAGGACAGGACUCUUCUUCUCUUACCAACUGAGGACAAAGCAGGUCGUCUCAAGUGGUGAGAAGAAGGGAGGAGGAGAGAAUGGAGAAAGUGGAAACAAAGGGAGUACAGACAUUGAAAACGCUGAUGACUACAUCUUGUUGUGGACAAAUCCUUUCCUUCAGAGUUACCUCGCAGGGGUCCAUUUGUCUCUAUCAAGGACUGUAUCAGACCGCACCUUCCUCCAGACUCUCCCUUUCCAGUCAGGCUCAAAGGCACGUCGGCGCCCUCAAAGGGAGGAGCUCGAACUCACUCAACGAUUUGCAGUCGGGCUUCUGUUCUACAACAGGACAGAGCUGCAAAGGCUUCACACGUACACACAGACUGCCUUUAGAGAUAUGGUGGUCAGCAAGCAGGCUUUAGUAACAAAACACCUUGAAGGUCUUUCUCAUGGUGACCUGAGCCCCGCUCAGAUCCUGGAGGCUUGUCACUAUGUUUAUGAGGCAAGUUCCAUGCAUGGUGAUGGUAGCAGAGACAGUGGCAGCACAAGAUUAGUUGCUCACCUGGCAGCAAAUCUUCCAGAGGUCCUGACAUUUCAUGGAGUCCCACUCAACCCAGCGGACGGGUUUGCUGUGCAGAAAGUUCUCGAAAGGGGUGGAACCGAAGGUAGAAGUUUUUGUCUGGAUCUGGAGGAUUCUGGGAUACAGAUCUCUGGACUCAGAGCUCUGGUGGGGCUCAACAACAUCAGCACAUACAGGGCAUGCAUUGCUGAUGUCAUCUCCUUAUGGGAGCAGCUGGAGCAGAGUGGUGAGGAAGGGCUCCAACAAGGGGCCGUCUCCAAAUUCAAGAUUCACCCCCUGAAAGCUACACAACUGUGUCACAUAGAGCACCUGGCCAAGCUGGUGAACAUACAUAUGCACAAGAGGCUGUCGGACAGCUCUAGUCAAUCAGAUUCCAUCUUGGCAGAGGGAGUACCAGCUGUUAAAGAGCUACACAAGCUGGAGUUUGAGCUUGGUGCAGAGAAUGGUCCCCUGGCUCUUCCCAAGCUGUGGGAGCUCCUGCCAGGUCUACAUAACCUGCAGCACUUAGAUCUAGAGAACAGUAAGAUAGGGGACAAAGGAGCUGAGAAAUUGGCUGAUGCUUUAGUCUCACUCUGUUUCUUGGAGGUACUCAAUCUGUCACAGAAUUGUAUAGGAGACCACGGGGUGAAGAAACUGGCAGCCACACUGAGGGAGCUUCCCAAACUGCACUGUUUAAGUCUUUACAGUAAUGUGAUUUCUGAUGAAGGGGCAGAGAGUUUAGCAGCUGUCCUGCCACACAUGGCUUCCCUCACUAACCUGGACGUGAAGUAUAACAAGCUAACAGAUGUCGGAGCACAAAGCCUAGGAGUCAGUUUGAGGAACUGUAAAAAAAUGAAGACCCUGAGGAUGUGGAACCAGUGCAUUCCAUACGGAGUGUUUGAGAGACUUCAGCAGCAGGACAACCGGAUCCUUUGCCAUUAGAAUAGAAACUUCUGAACUACUAAGUCACAAGCUUUUUAUCAUGCAUGUCGUGGAUGUUUACACUACACAAUACAUUUUCUAAAGCAUGUAUUUUUGAGGAACAGUAACCAAAGAGUGAGUGAGUGAGUGAGUGAGAGAGUGAGUGAGAGUGCACACAAAUAAAACAAACUAGAAACUUUUUUGCUGCUUUAUUCAUCACUUCACCUUGCUGGAGAUUCCAGUCAGUUCAGGGAAAUAAUUAAUCCUUCAGCACCACACUGGAUGUGUGUAUGGGUGUGUUAAACUUGGUUCGAAUUCAAAAAGCACAUUUGCACUAUGGUAUUUUUGAUAAUGGCUAGUUUGUAUGUUGUGCCACUGUAAUUAUUUUUUUCUUAUGUGUUGUGUGCUCUCCUUCUGUGGCUGUACAUUAUAGAUUGCUUAACAAUUACCUGGCACUUUAACGUAAAUAAAAUACUUCAUGUUGUCAUCAGCUA